GCACAAAACCACCAACCAUAGGAUUGAGUAAACAGUACGGGAAAAUGAAACCAUUAACAACUAUAUUUUGGUCUAGCAUGACAAGUGGACUUGAUGCAAAGCACCUAAGACUAGGAUGGAAGUCUGUUUAGGCUGUUCUUCCAUAUUCAGUUCUCUGUUAUGCUCUUUGACUUCCAUAGUUGCAAGCUUCAUGCAAAGUGCCUUAGCGCAGUAAAUUGGCAGUCGUUUAAGGUUUUUCUUCCACAUUCAGUUCCAUCUGGUAUGCUCUUCGACUUCUAUAUAUAGUUCAAAGCUUUGUGCUACAAUUAGAAAAUUUCCUUGCAAAUAUCAAAAGAAUCGUAUAAAUAUAAUCGAAAGGGCGCCUAUUUUUGGUUGAAUACUAUUGGCCAAUGGGGGCAAAACACACAUUUUGCAUCGUAUUUCAGUUUUCUGUGUGUCUAUUAUUCUACUUGUUUCAAAUGAAUCGUUGCUAUGCAAUUUAUAAUAUAACUUCAUCCCAAGUGUUAUCUGAAGAACAAACUUUGAUCUCCCCAAACCAAACUUUCGAGUUAGGAUUCUUCAGUCCUAAUAACUCUGGAAAUCGAUAUGUGGGUAUUUGGUACAAGCAAAUCUCACCACGGAUAGUUGUAUGGGUCGCCAACAGAGAGAAUCCCCUUGCAGUCACAGACUCUUCUGCAAGUCUGACAAUUGGCAGCAAUGGAAAUCUAAAUCUUGUGGAUGGAAAGAAGAAGUCUUUCUGGACAACUGAUAUUCUUGUUCCAUCAAAUUCUUCAGUUGCAAUGCUUUUAGAUAAUGGAAACUUCAUUCUCAAGAAAGACCACAUAUCAGAGGAAAUUUUGUGGCAGAGCUUUGAUCAUCCUGGUGAUACGUUAUUACCCAAAGUAAAACUAGGUUUUAAUACUAAAACUGGUGAGACAUCUGUGUUGACAUCUUGGAAAAGUGAAACUGAUCCAUCUCUUGGAAACUUCAUUGUUGGAAUUGCACCACAGACACCUCCAGAAGCCUUUAUUUGGAUUAAUGGAUCAACUCCUCACUGGAGAAGUGGGCCAUGGGAUAAGUCAAAGUUUGUUGGGAUACCCGAAAUGGGUUCAUCAUAUCUAAGUACAUUUAAACUUGAAGAAGAUAUUGAGAAGGGAACAACUAGUUACUAUUUUAAUUCAUUCAACAGCUCUAUAAACUUAAAUAUGUUCAUUUCAUCAGAAGGAGUUCUAAAGAUUGUAAACCUGAUGAAAUACAAUGAAUCAUAUGCUAGGUGGAACUCGUGGGAGGCACCAAACAGUUCAUGUGAUGCAUAUGGGGUGUGCGGACAUUUUGCAGUGUGCAAAACAUCUGAAUCUCCUAUUUGUAAUUGUUUGAAAGGGUUUAAACCAAAAUCACGUGAGGAGUGGAGUGAAGGAAACUGGACUGGAGGGUGUCUAAGGAAAACUGAAUUACUUUGUAAGAAAAACAUCAGUAGCUCAGCUUCCUCUGGAGGAAAGGAAGAUGGGUUUUGGAAGAAGAGUAUGGUGAAACUUCCUGAUUUUUAUGAAUAUGUGCAGGUUGAUUAUGCUGACGAAUGCCAUGCAUGGUGCCAGAGUAAUUGUUCAUGCCUAGCUUAUGCAUUUGUUAACAGCAUAGGGUGUUUGGUGUGGUCAAAAGACCUUAUUGACAUUCAGGAGUUUUCCUUUGAUGGGGAAGAUCUUUUUCUUCGUCUUGCAUAUUCAGAACUAGUUGGGAGAAAGCAAAUGGAGAAGGUUAUCAUUAGCCUUACAGUAAUCGGUUCAAGUUUCAUAUUAGGAGCCAUAUUUUUCUUUUGGUACAGGUGGAAAACUGACCAGAAGACAGGAAAUAUUAUGGAUACCAGAGAGCACAUUGACUUAAUAGAUAUGAGCGACAUUUCAAGGGACACACUUGAAAGUGCAGAACCGUAUGAUCCAUCUGAACAUGCUUUUUUUGACUUUGAUGACAUAUUAGUGGCAACAAAUGACUUCAGCAUGUCAAAUAAACUUGGGCAAGGAGGAUUCGGUCCUGUUUAUAAGGGGAAACUACAUGGUGGGAAGGAGAUAGCAGUUAAAAGGCUCUCUAGUAACUCAGGACAAGGUGCAAAAGAGUUCAAGAAUGAGAUGAUUUUGAUCUCAAAACUCCAGCACAGAAAUCUUGUUAGACUCAUUGGUUGCUGCAUAUACAAAGAAGAGAAGUUACUAAUUUACGAGUUCAUGCCAAAUAAGAGCUUGGAUAUGUUUCUCUUUGAUUCCAGGAGAAGAUCAGAGCUUAAUUGGUCUAAGCGCUUCAACAUUAUUCUUGGUGUUGCUAAAGGUCUUCUAUAUCUCCAUCAUGAUUCAUAUCUAAGGGUAAUACAUAGAGAUUUGAAGGCCAGCAAUAUUCUCUUGGAUGAGAACUUAAAUCCUAAAAUAUCAGAUUUUGGACUGGCACGUAUUUUUCAAGGGACGUUAGAUUUAGCUAAUACUCAUAGGGUUGUGGGAACACUUGGCUAUAUGUCUCCAGAGUAUGCAAUGGGUGGAAUAUUGUCUGAGAAAUCUGACGUGUAUAGCUUUGGAGUGUUGCUGUUAGAGAUAGUUAGCGGCAAGAAGAAUAACAACUUCCACUAUCAUGAUCAACUGCUAAGCCUAAUAGCUUAUGCAUGGCAUCUAUGGAGUGAAUGCAGGGCAUUGGAUUUAAUGGAUGAAAUAUUGGCCGACUCAUAUUCGUCACCUGAAGUAGUGAGAUGCAUAGAUGUUGGCCUUCUUUGUGCACAGGACCAUCCUAUGGAUAGACCAACAAUGCAAGAGGUAGUGUUCAUGCUAAGCAAUGAAACAGAUCGUCCCAAACCCAAGGAACCUUUGUUUUAUUUCCAAAGCGCAUUGAAAUACAACCUUAAACCACAAACUGAUGUGAAAUCCUCCAUAAAUGAAGCCACAAUGUCGAUGAUUGAAGGCCGCUAAUUAUACUUCAUUUGUUUUUGUUCUUUUUUACUUUUUGGUGAUAAUUUGUUUUUGUACUUCAGAGUUCAGAAUGCAAUUAUUUCUGAUCAUGUCCACUUGUAAUAUUUUCUUUAAUCGCUUUUGUUAUUAUUAUAUAUAUAUAAGUCCA